AUGGGAGGGCUCAAGAGCAAGGCUUCCCAAGCAUGCGAAAUAUGCCGCUCGCUGAAAGUCCGUUGUCUUCCUAGCUCCCAGCCUGGCACAUGUCUAAAAUGUGUGGCUUCCAAAAAAACUUGUGUAUUUCUGGAGCGGCCACCGCGGCCGCCGCGUCACAAGCCAAAGCAUGGCUCAAAAGCCCGACUUUGUGCGCUGGAGUCAAAGGUCGAUACCCUGAUUGCCUUUGCUAGUCAGUCCCAACUGGUUCAGGGGAAAGGACCUUCACAGUAUGAGGCGGGGUCUCUGGAAAAUGGCUUGUCUACCUAUAGUUCAACUUAUAGCCAUGGGGGCCGGGAUUCCACACCCAACAGCAGUCACAACAGCACAAAUUUAAGCUCUUUCGAUCAAGCUCCUUAUAGGUGGGAUGACUAUCCUAAAAUCAAUGGCAAACCCUGCCCCGAACUACUGCUUGAGUGUGGUCUGUCUAUUGAUGCGGCGGAUGGAUUCCUCGGACAGUUUCGCACCAUGACCUCUUACUUUCCAUUUUUCGUGGUCCCCUCUCAGACCACUGUUUUGACAAUGUGUAAAGAACAGCCUUUCGUCCUAGUGGCCGCAUUGGCGGCAGCAACCUCCUCGGACAGGAAAUUACAAAAGUCCCUUGGUGACAAAUUUAGAACCUGCGCUCUCCACGCUGUUAUGGUUCACAACGAAAGGAGCCUAGAUCUCCUGAAUGGGAUCCUAGUGUACUUGGCCUGGUAUCACUUUUAUUAUAUCCCCAAAAAAGAACAGUUCAACCAACUGCUCCACAUCGCAAUUAGCAUGGUUGGGGACCUGGGACUGAACCUCAGGCCCGCCGACGCAAUGAGUGCGAAGAUUGGACUUCGAUUGGCACAUUAUCGCAAGGUCUCUACACAUUCAGCGAACCACGAUGAAUUUUUCAGCCGAGAAGCCCGCCGAGCAUACUUAGGAUGCUUUUAUAUUUCGAGCGUCAUCAGCUGGGUCAAAAUGAGGUCAAAUAGUCUCCAAUUCCAAAGCUAUAUGAUUGAAUGUGCGAGAUCGUUGGGUCAAGAAUUGGAGCAUCCAACGGACGCAUUGCUUUUACCACUAGUCCAGCUUCAAAACAUGGCCGAGGUGAAUCACCGCAGUCUUUCAGCUGUCGAUAACACUCUACUUGAUCACAUGAUUGGCCGAGAUCUUGAAUUGAAGGUUCAAUCCUUCCAAGCUGAAUUCAAGAACUGGAAGCACUUGCUUCCACUCGUAUAUCAGCAACCGAACGGGAUUGACCUGGCCUGUGAGGUUGCUGUAAUGCAUGUCUAUGAGAUGAACAUAGUCAAUAUCUGUGCACCGAAAAUGCAGCAAAAGAUGGACCCCUUCAGACAUUCAACAAGCUCAUCUUCUACCUCUCAAAUUCGCCUGGAAGUGCUCUUUCUCUGUUUGAAAUCAGCGGGACAGGUUGCUCGGAAUUUUCUCUCCAUCCCAGUAUCUGAAUACGGCAGUCUCUCUUACAUACAGUGGUCUGGCAUCAUAUAUGCCAUUACUCUCAUUUAUAGAUUGACAGUCGGAAUUCCCCAGCUUCCCGAUUGGGAUGUUCGAGUUGCGCGAACGACCGUUGACUUUGGCUUUAUCCUAGAUGCUUUGUGCAGUCGCUUCAACAGUGUAGCCCUUCGUGGUCACGUCGUAUUGGAGAAUGGAGACCUAUUCUCAAUGAUGGGCCCAAUCUUUGGCAAUAUCAAGCAAACAUACGACCGACUCAAGCAGUUGCCGCAGAAUGAUAGUGCAGACGACAGCAGGCCAGUUCAUGCCACUAGCUUUUUGCCCUCUGCGCCCACACCCCAGCACCCAUGCCCUACAUUGCAGACCUGA